CACAACGGCUUGCAGAGCCUGCAGACUGCCUCGCUCCUCACUGGGCUGCCCCUUCGGAGCCUGUCCCAUGGAGUGUCCCGUGAAAGAUGGGAUCCUAUACAUCCAGCACCCCAAAUUUGGGAAGAAGGUCUGGCGGAAAGUGUGGGCCCAGCUCUUCGCCGACAGCCCCUCUGGCAUCGCACGGCUCGAGUACUUUGAAGGGCGUGAAGGGGCCGCAGCGGAGAAGGCCACCCUGAGGAAGGGCGAGCGGAAGGUGAUCCGCCUCUCGGACUGCGUCUCGGUGGAGCGGGCAGGCGAGCACAGCUCCCCAAAGGACACCACGGCCUUCUUCCUGAGCAUGAUGGAGCGCAACUGCUUGCUGGCAGCGGAUCAAGCAGAUGAGUGGAUCGAAUGUAUCUGCCAGCUGGCUUUUCAGAAGAUGCCUGCCCCCUCGUCCAGCUCAGUUGGAAACAUACCCAGCCCACAGCCCCUCAUGGAGGAGAACACCAUCUACUCAUCCUGGCAAGAAACCUGCGAAUUCCCCGUGUCAGUAUUCCCGACAGAGGCAUCUGCAAGAUGUCACUUGAAAGGGAACAACUACCUGAUGACGACUUUACCUGAGCACCUGGUGCUGAAGGACGCUCACUCGGGGCAAGCCCUCUAUACCUGGCCCUAUGCCUUCCUCCGAAGAUUUGGCCAGGAAAAGACGGUGUUCUCCUUUGAGGCCGGGCGCCGCUGUGACUCCGGAGAGGGCCUCUUUAUCUUCAACACCAUACGGGCUGCGGAGAUCUGCCGAGCUGUCUCGGCCUCCAUAGACCGCCAGAAAGCUACUCUUCUGGAGAGAGACAAGAAAGCCAGCAUCUCCCCAGGCCAGGACUGUAUGCAGAAAGCAGGCGGCUGGUCCUGGCCCACCAGCACGGAGAACCCGGAGGGAGUGCAGCCGCUGUAUGAAAGAACGCCAAUGGGAAGUGUGGACAUGGGGUUCCCAGCAGCGCCUCCUGGCGGCGGCCGCUCCAUUUCCCCAGAGUUCAAGGCUUCCGACUCGCCCAUCAUCUACGCUUCCAUUGGCAAGAGCUUCCCUCUCCCGUUCCAGCCCUCGGGCAAGGUAGAGGCAGAACCCAAAGCAGGAAGAGAACAGGGCUCGGACCACCUCUAUGAGAACCUGCGCAGCCUGGAGCAGCAGGCCCUCUGCGCGGAGCCUCUGAGCCUCGGCUACAGAGACUCCCCUGAGGGCGGCGGCAGCAACGAGGCAUCGCCCAUCUACGACAACAGCCCCGUAGUGGCAAGGCGCUCCAGCAGUAACCCUGCCUUCAAUCCCAGUGCUGUGGGGGCUGACCCUGCUCCAGACAGCCAGUGCCCUUCUCCCUUGCUGGAUUGCCAGGGGCCCGAAAGCGAAGGUGAGGGCCGGGCCAGAGCCAAGGCAAGAGGGGCUGGGGCCUUCAAGCACAAGCUGGUCACUAUGUUGAGCCGGGAAGGAGGAGCCGGCAAAGCAGCCGGCAAGAAUGCAGGCUCAAUGGACAAAGCAUGAUGGAUCCCUCCAGCUGCCUGGGGUUUGGGGAGUCCUGUCCGCCAAUUGAAUCUCCUAUUCCUCCUCUGCCUCCUCUUUAUCAAGACUUUGGCAGGCAAGAUCUAUGUGACCUCAAGACGCAGCUUCUCAAAUCAUUUGAUAGUGACAAGGCUGGUUAGAUGCCCUCAACUCCAUUGUGUCAGCCUUGGUUCCUCAGGUGAAGCAUGUCAAGCUUGGGAACAAGGGGAUCUGAGGGAGCAGGUGGAUGAGGUGUACAUUUUGGGUUUUCUUUUUUCCUUUCUGUCUCAAUAAAUAAAUAAAACAACGUUUCUCAGGUUAUCAAGUACCUCUGUUGACGCGGGCUCUGUUUGGCUCUUUCUCUCUUUGCUCUUUU